AUGAAGGGCACAUUGAUCCUCUCUGGCCUUUUGGCUACUGCUGUCUCGGCUCACAUGCAGCUUAGCAAGCCGUACCCUAUCCGCAGUCCGCUCAACAAGGAUGGCAAGGGCGAGAAGGAUUAUUCUUACACCAACCCGCUCUCCACCUCCGGUAGCGACUACCCAUGCAAAGGAUAUGCCAAGGAUAAAUUUGAGGCCGUCGCUACAUGGCAACCAGGCUCCACCCAAGAGAUGACUUUGGAAGGUAGUGCCGUCCAUGGUGGUGGCUCAUGUCAGCUCGCCCUGACCUAUGACCAGGGUGAGACCUUCAAGGUCAUUGAGUCUAUUGAGGGUGACUGCCCUAUCGACAAGAAGUACGAAUUCCAGGUCCCCUCAGACGCACCAAGCGGCGAUGCCCUCUUCGCUUGGACCUGGUUCAACAAGGUCGGCAAUCGCGAGAUGUACAUGAAUUGUGCUAUGGUCACCAUCGGUGGCUCCGCCAAGCGUAGUGCUACCGUCGAGUCCGAGGGUAACAACGACCAGACCGAGAACGCCAAGAGCGACUUCAGUAGCCUCCCCGAGCUCUUCGUUGCCAACGUGAACCAGGCUGGCAAGUGUGUCACCAUCGAGGGCCAGGCCGUUCACUUCCCCAAGCCCGGUCCUAAGGUUAUUGGCAAGGCCGAUGGUCCUGGAUACAAGUGCUCCGAUCAUGCUCCCUUCCUCGGUAGCUCCAAGUCUGAGAAGCAGCCUGCGGUCAGCGAUACCACUAAGUCAAAUAAAAAGCCUGCGACUACCCUCACCACCGCCACCAAGUCCGAGAAGAAUCCCACUGCCGAGAGCACCACCGCCACCAAGUCCAAGAACAAGCCCACUGCCGACAGCACCACCACCCCCACCAAGUCUGAGAAGAAUGCAGUUGCCGACAUUAUCGCUACCCAUAUAGCCAACGCUGUCUCGAAGAUCACCAAAGCCUUUGGAACUGCGGCCGCUGAUGAUGACAGCCGUCUGACCUCCACCAAACACUCAGCCAACAACCAGUUCAGCGACUACGUCGGCCAAUGGUCUUGCCACUCUGGGGACAUCAUCUGCGCCCCGGAUGGACUUUCCUUUGCCUUAUGCACCAACGGGAAGCCCAUCUUCAUGGGCUCCGUUGCUGCUGGUACUAUUUGCCGGUCGGGCGUUAUCACUGCUCGCCAGUAA